AGAAACCAUCCCCUCCCCUACUUCACUGACAUCUGGGGAGGGCCACGGCGCAGCGGGUUCUCCUGAGCUGGGACCUUAAAAGAUGCUGUCGACCCAGCCACGGAAGGCGCCUGGGCAGAACUGACCCGACGCUGAAGGGAACGAAGAUCUGGCUCCGCUUUUCGGGUUGUUGCUGCUAUUAUUUUUCCUCUCUCCGGGGAGGAGGCGAGGUUGUUCCCUUCCCUUCGCCCUCCGCAAAUUAAAAACAACAACAACAACUUGGUGGGACCUUAAAAAUAAAUAAAUAAGCCCCUUCUCUCUCUGCCGCCGGCCGCCACCUUAGUUUCCUGUUGGCAUUCAGCCGCUCUGCCGCCCUGGUCAAUUUCGCUUGGGUGAUGGAUGAGUUCCACCCCUUUAUUGAGGCACUACUCCCCCACGUCCGGGCCUUCGCCUACACCUGGUUCAACCUCCAGGCCCGCAAGCGCAAGUACUUCAAGAAGCACGAGAAGCGCAUGACGAAGGACGAGGAGCGGGCCGUGAAGGAUGAGCUCCUCAACGAGAAGCCCGAGGUGAAGCAGAAGUGGGCGUCCCGCUUGCUGGCCAAGCUGCGGAAGGACAUCCGCCCGGAGUACCGGGAGGACUUUGUCCUUUCCAUCACGGGGAAGAAGCCCUCCUGCUGCGUCCUCUCCAACCCCGACCAGAAGGGCAAGAUGCGGAGGAUCGACUGCCUCCGGCAGGCCGACAAAGUCUGGCGGCUGGACCUGGUGAUGGUCAUCCUCUUCAAGGGCAUCCCCCUGGAGAGCACGGAUGGGGAGCGGCUGGUCAAGGCCGCCCAGUGCACCCACCCCAUCCUCUGCGUCCAGCCUCACCACAUCAGCGUCUCCGUCAAGGAACUGGACCUCUACCUGGCGUAUUUCAUCCGAGAGAGAGAUUCAGAUCAAAGCAGUAGCCCCAGGACGGGAAUCGGCUCUGACCAGGAGGACAGCAAACCCAUCAUCACGUUGGACGCGACAGAUUUCCAAGAGAACUUCGUCACGUCCGGGGUGUUCAGCGUCACGGAGCUGAUCCAAGUUUCCCGGACGCCGGUGGUGACGGGCACAGGGCCAAAUUUCUCCCUUGGGGAGCUGCAGGGGCACCUCGCCUACGACUUGAACCCCUCGAGUACGGGAAUGAGGAGGACGCUCCCCAGCACUUCCUCCAGCGGGAGUAAACGUCAUAAGUCCGGCUCGAUGGAGGACGACCUGGACGGCAGCCCGGGAGGCGAAUAUUACACGUCGCCCAGCUCCCCCACGAGUAGCAGCCGCAAUUGGACGGAAGACAUGGAAGGGGGGAUUUCUCCGAAAAAGCCAGACAUGGACAAGUCUCCCUUCAACAGUCCGUCUCCGCAAGAUACUUCGCCCCGGCUGAGCAGUUUUACACAACACCACCGUCCCGUCAUCGCCGUACACAGCGGUAUCGCCCGAAGCCCCCACCCUUCCUCCGCGCUACAUUUCCCCACCACCUCGAUCCUGCCCCAGACGGCGUCCACUUACUUCCAACACACAGCCAUACGGUACCCGCCGCACCUGAACCCGCAGGACCCUCUGAAAGACCUCGUCUCGCUGGCCUGCGACCCGUCCAAUCAGCAGCCGGGACCGUUAAAUGGAGGUGGCCAAGUGAAGGUUCCCGGGCAUUACCUUCCCACCCAGAUGUUGGCGCCGCCGCCCCCCCCGGGUCUGCCCCGCCUGGCAAUCUCACCCGACACCAAACCCAUCGCAACAACUUCCGAGGGAGGGACCACUUCGCCGACGUCUCCCACCUACUCCGCCCCAGGCACACCCCCUGCGAACCGCUUCGUGGGACUAGGACGGGACCCUGGCAGCAUCUAUCAGGCGCAGUCCUGGUAUUUAGGUUAACCGCAGCUUACAUUUGGACCUUCAUCUUCCUCACCCCCCUCACCCCCCCUCCUGGGCUUUGGGCUUCCUCCGAGGAGAACGAUUCACACCCACUCCCGACACCCCCCCCGGCUCAAACCUUGAUGGCGGUGCGGAGAGAGGGGCGACGGCGGACUUGGCUUCGGGAGUCCUUGGCGCCACGGGAAGAAGGUCCAAACUUUUGCAAAAUGUUUUAAAAAACGAACGAAGAGAAGACUCGCCUGCCCAGCCCACAACCCCUUCUAGCAAGUCUUGGGGGGCCAGAAACAAACACUACUUUGGAUAGAGGACGUAUCGCGCCUCGCGGCCACCCCGCCGGUUCCGUUCUCAAAAGGGAUGUUAUAUGCAAAAUGUUCCUGAUCUUUUUUCUCCCCUUGGGAGUGAAGGGGUGGAAAAGAGAGAGACUAGAGUGAGGGGGGGCGUAAUUCCGGGCCUGCUGCCGCCCCCUCCAGCACCUUCCCACCCCCCCACCCCGCUCCCCUUUUGUACACCGCCUUCCUUCUCCGGAGAAGACGACGAAACGGCGCGCACGACGGAUCUCCGUGGCGCGUCGAGACGGCGGAGGUAGCAAACCCCCUCUCCCGCGAGGGAGAAAAGCUGGACACCUUUUAUGCUGCGUCUGUGGCCCCAAUCCCUCCCCCCCUACAAAAUAACCUGCGCUUUGCUUCCCUGUAGGGGGGGUUCCGCCCGCGGCACCCACCGCAUGACAGGGUGUUUGGCGAGAUUUCUUCGGCGAAGGAAGAACAGAGCACGUUUCCGCAACUGCGCUCUUUCCACCCAGAUGCGCGUAAAAGCACGUUUGAAAGAUGCCAUCUUCGGGGAAAGGGGUGGGACAGGUGGGGAGGGGGGGCGCAGAAGACAGGGUUGGUCAAAAGGGGCUGUCGGUAGGAGGGUAGACCCGAGCUGCGUCCACGCAGGCAGAGCCCAAACGCCGCACGUGCAAAAACCCCCACAACCCUUUGGAAACUUGAAGGGUUGGCGCGGCACGACUUCUUCCAACACCGGGCAGGGGGUUGGAUACGGCCGUACGCUGUGUUUAAACAGCAUCCCCACCCCAAUUUCCUGCAUGGUACUAGAGGUCUGUCUCGAACCCUUGCCUUAAAGUUGGACGUGAGGCCGAGAGAACGGGUUCCCUGCCCAGCCCACGCGGAGAAUUGCCAUCCUGCUCUCUUACGGGGAGCGGGCUUGCGGCCAGGGUGGGGGUCCUCGUCUCCCCUCAAGCCCCCACCUUUGCCCACCUGCCUGGCAAAACCCCUAGGGAGGGAGGUUUGGGAAAGGUAACGUGCCGGCGGGUUUGCGUACAUUUGAGGACCGGGCCCCCGGCUCGGCGGGCGAAGGGGGCUUGUGGAGGGAUGUGAGCGAGCUGGUGGCAUCCCCCCUCCCCAUUCACCCUGCAAACAAACCCCCCCCCCAGCCCUUGUGUACAAAGAGCUAUGCAUGUUAUAGUUAAACCAGCUAUGUCAGGGGGGUGGCGUGGAUGGCAGCGAGGCCAGGGACGGGACUGCUAAUACGGAUUGCACAUUAUUAUUGUUGUAGGAAAUGCACUUUGAAAAGGAGAAAGGAAGGUCGGGGCGGGAGGGGGAGUUUACGUGGGGGGGGGACAAGGUGAGGAAGGCCCUCUCCCCCUAGUGCUUUUUUGCUAUUCUUUGAGGGGGGGGUGCUGUCAAGAGGUGACCACCAGGAAGGCACAGAACGGGGCCUUAUUGGAGUGAGUCUUUCAGGACAAAAUAGUUAAAUCCAGCAGAGGCGUGGAGAGGCCUUACCUUACCCCACAGUUGCCCCCUCCCUCUAGGACUCAAUUUAUCCUUUUCCUCCCCAUUCCUGCCCUCCCGCAAGCCCCAGACUGUGGAGCCCAGAAGCCAUCUCUGACUGGUACAAGUGCCUACAUUUUAACGCGCCAGUCCUCCUCGCCGGGUUACAGAGAAAGCGGCGACAACCGCGGGCGCAGGGCCCCGAUCCGGGCCGAGCUGAACUUGUAGUGCUCCGAGAGAGCGUCAUUUCGAUAACUCCUCGCACCCCAACCACCACCCUCUUUUCCUAGCAAACACCAAAGCUUUAAAACACCACGGACCUGAUCUCCUCCCGUCGUUCGCAGAAUUGUAGAAUUGCUGAGCUGGGAGGCGGUCGCCCCCUUUCCCCAGGGUCUCUGAGUCCAACCGGCUGCAACGCAGACAUCGCAAUGGAAGCGUCCACGACAGAGGGCCGUGCAAGAGUCCGUGUGGCGCUGCCAAUGCCAGAGUUUUCUGCAAGGUCUGGGGAGCACCGCCUUCGCUUCAGAUGGGUCCUUCUCCUUUUCAGCAAAAGCGGAGAUCCUUCGAAACGAUCCCCGGAGAGUUUCCCUCUGUGUGUUCAAAAGCGAUCGAUUCUGCAAGGAGGGACGUGUGAGGUGCAGAGGGCACUGCAGCCCUUAUCCAGCAGCGGCCCGUCCAAGCAGACCAGCUGGAACGACCACAUGGCGUGCCGAGAAAGGAGAAGGAAGUUUUGGAAGCCGCGAACCGCAAUCAGUCGUCGCCGGGAGUUUGGGACCAUCUGCAUUCUCCCUGCCCGCGCUCUCCAAACUAUAGUUUCCGGCGUUCGUUGGGGGAGAAGCCAUGGCGGUUGUCCAAGUGGUACAA